UUACAAUAAAUUGAGAGUAUAAAAAUCCUAUUACAUUGUUCCUCUAUAAUUAUACUAAUAUGUUUGUCUUUGCACACGUUUUAAUAGAUGCAUAUACUGAAAUCAAGGUCUUCUCCCUUGUGUUUUAUUCUCCCACCUAACAUUGCUUAAAAAAAUCACAAGUGCACUUGUGGGGUGGCUGGUCAGCAAAAGACUCUUCAACUACAUCUACAAAGUACUUUUUCAGGUCAAUCUUUCUCAGCUGUAAUAUUAUUCCUACUUGGCCACCCAAUCCCCCGGUCAUCAGAAGCUUCUUCUUUCUUUUUGUUUUCUAUACCCCCUUUUAUUCUCUUUUGUUUAACCACAAUUUCUUCAUCCUCUUCAUUCAAAUUCCCCAUUCUUGAAUUUGGUAUCACAUUUGCAAAUGCUUGAAUGGCUGCUAGCUUUGGAGUUUCCCUUUGGUUCGUCUUCUUUUUCCUUCUUUCUUGUUUAUCCUUAUUCUGUUCAGCAGAUGAUAAAAUUACGAUAGGAGAGAUUCUAAAAGAUGGUGAUAACAUCACUUCUAAAGAAGGGAAUUUUGUGUUGGGGUUCUUUAGUCCUACAGGUUCUAGUAAAAGGUAUCUUGGUAUAUGGUACGCUGAUGUAACAGUACAGACAGUCGUUUGGGUUGCCAACAGACACAAGCCUGUCCCUGAUAAAAAUGGUACUUUUUUAAUUGACCAAAUUGGGAAUUUGGUUGUUAAAAAUGGACAUGGAGAUUCACUGUGGUGGAGUAAUGUUACUAUCGCGACCAAAAACUCUACGGCUUGUCUGUUGGACAAUGGCAAUCUUGUCAUCCUUAACUAUGACAGGAAUGCUGCGAGGUUAAAUAAGGAAUUGUGGCAAAGCUUCUUACAUCCUACAGACACCUUUUUACCAGAGAUGAAAGUUUUCAUGGAAAGACAAGGUAAAGAGCGUAAAGUUUUCAGUAGUUGGACAAAUGAGAGUGAUCCUUCACCUGGAAGAUACUCAUUGGGGGUUGAUCCUCGUGGAGCACCUCAAAUUGUUAUCUGGGAUGGACCGAAUAGACGCUGGAGAAGUGGACAUUUUGAUGGAGUGGAAUUCUCUGGUGUUCCUAAUGUGACUAGAUCUACAUUAUUUUCUGGUUUCAAAAUUAACAACGAGGAUGAUACGUCGUACUUCACUUACACUGCUUCGGACACAUCUUUUUUUGUGAGGUUCCAGAUUACUGUGACUGGAAAUGAGCUGCAACAGAGAUGGGAUGAAGACAAGGAGCAAUGGAGCACGUUACAAUCUAGGCCAUCGGGUGGUUGUGACCUAUAUAACUUUUGUGGGAAUUUUGCGGAAUGUCAUGAACAAGUAUGCCUUUGUGUAAAAGGAUUUGUACCACGUGUUGAGGAGCAAUGGCAUGCUGGGAACCGGACAGGAGGAUGUAUUAGGAGGACAGAAUUGGAAUGCAGGAAAAGUAGCAUUGUUCAGAGGAAUGAUAGUGCAAAAGAUGAUGGAUUCGUGGCUGUUCAGAGAGUUAAAUUGCCUGAUUAUGCAGAUAUUAUUGCAGAUGCACAAAACACAGACGCGUGCAAAACCAAGUGCCUGAGCAAUUGUUCCUGUAAUGCUUAUGCUUUUGUCAAAGGAAUCAAUUGCAUGAUAUGGACUGAAGAUUUAGUUGAUAUAGAGCAGUUUGAGGAAGGUGGGAACACUCUGUAUGUUCGCCUUGAUCCUUCUGAAGUUGGUAAGAAAAACAGGACGAUCAUAAUUAUUAUAAUAUCAGUUCUAGUAGCUCUAGCUUUGGUUGUUAUGGCAGCUGUUUGGCUAGUAUGUAGAUACAGGGCCAGAAAACGAGAAUCCAAGAGGAUCAAUGAAAUUCCCAAAAACCAUCUAGUUAGGAGCGGAGAGUUCUCCGCAGACUUAUCUGGGCCGGGCGACCUCAGUGUCGAAGGGCAUCAAGGAAAUGGUUCAGAAUUAGCAUUUUUCAGCUUCAGCAUGGUGGCCAAAGCUACUGACGAUUUUUCUCUUGCAAACAAGCUUGGGCAAGGGGGAUUUGGCCCCGUUUUCAAGGGAAGGCUACCUUGUGGUCAGGAAGUUGCUGUAAAGAGGCUUUCACAAAAGUCCGGACAAGGUGAUGAGGAAUUCAAGAAUGAGAUCACUCUAAUAGCAAAAUUACAACACAGAAAUCUUGUCAGGCUUUUGGGUUGCUGCAUUGAAGGAGAAGAAAAAAUUCUGCUUUAUGAGUACAUGCCCAACAAAAGCUUAGAUACAUUUCUAUUUGAUCCUGCUAGGAAAUCCCAGUUAGACUGGAGAAAACGCUUCAGCAUUAUCGAAGGGAUUGCUCGAGGGCUACUAUAUCUCCAUAGAGAUUCAAGACUUAGGAUAAUCCAUAGGGAUCUAAAGGCUAGUAACAUUUUGUUGGAUGAAGAGAUGAACCCAAAAAUUUCAGACUUUGGCAUGGCCAGAAUAUUUGGAGGAAACCAAAAUGAAGCAAAUACAAACAGAGUUGUAGGCACAUAUGGAUAUAUGGCUCCUGAGUAUGCAAUGGAAGGCCUGUUCUCUGGCAAGUCUGAUGUCUACAGCUUCGGAAUACUAUUGCUUGAGAUUAUAUCUGGGCGUAGAAAUACAAGCUUUCGGUCGGAUGAGCAUUCAGGCAUUAUUGGAUAUGCAUGGGAGAAAUGGGACGAAGGUAGACCAAUGGACCUAGUAGAUCGUUCAAUAUGGGAUGGAUGUCAGCAUGAUGAAGCAUUGAGAUGUAUACACUUGGCAAUGCUUUGUGUUCAGGACUUGGCUGUUCACAGGCCAAACAUGUCUUCUGUAGUUUUGAUGUUGGAAACUGACAAUAUGAGAUUGCCCUUGCCUAGGCAACCCACUUAUACCUCAAUGAGAAGAUCUGUUGAUGCAGAUAUGUGGCAUGGGAAUCAGGAUUUGCCAUCCUCAAACAAUGUCACAAUCAGUGUACUAAUAGGUAGAUUGUCCCUUGAUGUUUGUUAUUAUAGAAGUCUAUCAUUUAAGAAAAUGGGAUUCUGUCAAGCUUGGAAAAUACUUUUGAUCUCUCUUCUUUCGUACUGUAUCAUUCAAUCAUAUUAUUGCAAUGCCUCAGACGCCAUUCUGCAAUCACAAAAGCUCUUAGUAGGGGAUACUUUAACCUCUGCUAGUCAGGUUUUUGAAUUGGGAUUCUUUAGUCCUGCCAAUUCCAGUAAAAGGUACCUGGGGAUAUGGUUUAAGAAUAUCCCGCCUCGUAAAGUUGUGUGGGUUGCAAACAGGGAAAGUCCACUUAAUGUUUCUGAUUCCGCUGCAAGUCUAUCGAUUAGCAAAAAUGGAAACUUGGUGAUUCUUGAUGGUGUACAGAAUGUUAUCUGGUCAAGCAAUGUGUAUGUCCCCACUAAUAACACAGUUGAAGUUGUUCUCCUGGACAGUGGGAAUUUGGUGCUUAAAGAUAAUAUCUCAGGACAAUGCUUCUUUGAGAGUUUCGAUUAUCCUUGUGAUACUUUCUUGCCUGGAAUGAAAAUAGGGUUCAACAGGAUAACUGGGGAGAGAUGGCUCUUAUCUUCUUGGCAAAAGGAAAGUGACCCCUCACCGGGAAAUUUUUCUAUUGGAAUCUCGGAUCAACUUCCUUCUCAGUUUUUCAUAUGGAACAAAUCUACUCCCUACUACAGAACUGGGGAGUGGAAUGGACUGAAGUUCAUUGGUCUUCCCUAUAUUGAUUCAGCAGCCUAUAUAGUUCAGUUUGUCUUUCAGCAAGAUUUUCAACAGGGAACUGCAUACUUCACCUUUCUUCCAAAUACUUCAUUUCUAACUUUCGUGGAACUUCAGUCAACCGGGUUUGUUCAAGUUGUUCAGUGGACCGAUGGGGCUCCAGCUUGGGAAGUCUAUGCUAAGAUGGUGCAUCCACCAUGUGAUAUAUAUAACACUUGUGGACCUUCAGCAAUCUGCAGCAAGAACAAAUAUCCAACUUGCAGCUGCUUAAGAGGGUUUGUGCCACGGUCUAGUGACGAGUGGAGCAGAGGGAACUGGACAGGUGGUUGUGUGAGGCAAACUAAAUUACUAUGUCAGCGAAAGGGAAAUGGCACGUCUCCAGGGGUUGGACAGCAGGAUGGUUUUUUGAAGUUUAGUGGGCUGAAACUGCCUGAUCUUGCUGCUAUUUUUCGCCUCGACAGUGCUAGUGAAUGUGAAAGGCUGUGUUUGAACAAUUGCUCUUGCACUGCUUAUGCUUAUGUGGCAGGAAUUAGGUGUAUGGUAUGGUCUGGAGAUCUUUUAGAUAUGCAGGAUUACUCAUAUUCUGGGGAAGAUCUUUUCCUUCGGCUUGCUUACUCAGAGUUAGUUUUUUCAGGUAAGCGGAAGCUUAAAAGAGCACUAUUCAUAUGUGCUGCAGUAUUGUCCAGUCUCUUUUUGGGGAUUGCUUUAUAUUGUUUGCUCAAGAAUAAGAUUUAUCAAACAGGACAAAAAGGAAAAGGAACCAUAAGCUUUCGUAUAGGUGAUUCAUGCAACAUUUCAAAAGAAUACGCACUGGAAAGUUUCUGGGUUGGCAAUUUAAAGAAAGAAGAUCCGAUUGAGCUUCCACUGAUUGAAUUUGAGCUAAUUGCAGCUGCAACAAACAACUUCAAAGUAGACAACAAACUUGGGGAAGGAGGAUUUGGCCCUGUUUUCAAGGGAAAGCUAAAAGGUGGACAAGAAAUAGCAGUGAAAAGACUUUCUAAUCGAACAGGGCAAGGCAUAGAGGAGUUCAAAAAUGAAAUCGUAUUAAUAUCAAAACUCCAGCACAGGAAUCUUGUACGACUCCUGGGAUGCUGCAUUGAAGGGGAAGAACUUCUUAUAAUUUAUGAGUACAUGCCAAACAGAAGCUUGGAUAAAUUUCUCUUUGAUACAUCACAGAAAGAAUUGCUAGAUUGGCCUAAACGGUUCAACAUCAUUCAAGGUGUUGCUAGGGGGCUACUAUAUCUACAUCGAGAUUCCUGUCUGAACAUUAUACACCGGGAUCUGAAAGUAAGCAAUAUCCUUUUGGAUGAAGAGAUGAAUCCAAAAAUUUCAGACUUUGGUUUAGCAAGAACGUUUCAGAAGCAGCAGCAGCUUGUGCAUACUCACCGAGUAGCUGGAACAUAUGGAUACAUGUCUCCUGAAUAUGCUUUGAGGGGGGUAUUCUCUGAGAAAUCUGAUGUCUUCAGCUUCGGAGUCUUGCUAUUAGAAAUCAUAAGUGGCAAGAAGAAUUCAAGUUUCCAUUACGUGGAAGAGAAUCUUAACCUCCUCAAUUAUGCAUGGAAAUUGUGGAGUGAAGAAAGCGGAUUAGACUUCAUGGAUGGCACAUUAAUCAACUCAUUUUCUCCAGAAGAGAUAACGCGAUGCUUACAUGUUGGUCUUCUCUGUGUUCAAGAAUGUCCUAGGGAUCGUCCUACCAUGGCAGCCAUAAUUCUCAUGCUAAACAGUGAAAUGAAAUGCUCAACUCCUAAACAACCCACAUUUAAGUUUGAAACAUAUUUGGAUCUUGCCUGUUCAGCAAAAGAUAAUGACAAAUGUUCUGUUAAUGAGUUUAGUGCAUCGUUGUCUCAAGGACGAUAAAACAUGUCAAUGUACAUUCUUAAAUGUUGUUAGUCAAGUACAAAAAUCCAGUCAUUAGCCUCCUGAUCAUGUGUAGUAUCCCUCAUUGUAAAUGAACCAUUCCUGGGGAUUUUUAGUUCUUUUCAAAACCCAAUUUUCUACAGGGUCAAUCUUGUACUGGUUAACAUUACUUUUUAAUA